AUGCCCCACCUUUUCUUCGUCAUUUCAUUACUCUGCUCACCUGUGGCGGCAAGUACGAUGCGGAUGCUAAGAAAGUACUUGCCGCCACUGGAACACGAAGUGACCUCGAGUACUGACAGUGCAAGUAGUCUGAAAGACUAUCUCAGGGAUGUUUGGGCCGCUUUGGAAACAUUUGAUCCCUAUGCCUCGAACGCGGACGACAAGUUUCGCGAUCUCUGCCUAUUUAUCAUUCGGCGAUCCUAUGGCAAACUGCAAUCCCGUAUUCGUUUACCCCAGAGGAUCUGGAAAGCAAGACUCUCUGAUGCUAUCCUCCAAUGGUCACCGUCUACUAUGGACACAGUACAACCUCGAUGGGUCGAAGCCUCUUCCUUCUUGCUGGAUUCUCCUCUCAAACCUCCAUUUGAUAUCUUCCCCAUCCCGUCUUGUGGCACAACUGAUACCGGUUUGGAAUGGGAGUUUUCCAGCGUCACACUGAAGACCUGGGCUUGGUAUCUCGCCGCUCUUUUGCGACGGCUGGAAGUUGCAGUUGAACACUUGUCUGUCGCGCGUGGAAAGGGGGAUACGGCGGAGACUGCCGCGUUGGAAAGAACAUUACAUGCCCAUUGCUACGAUUUGUGCGGUUAUGUGUUGUGGAAGCAGGGUAUAGUAAAGCGUCUUCUCGUCAACUCUUCCUUGGGAGACACGCUUGAAGAAUAUAUAAGACGCAAGAAAGCUGAAGCCGCUAGUGCGGAUGGUGAAAGAAAAACGUCAGGGGGAGACGACGAGUCACAAGAAAUGCGGCCCUUUGCCAAUGAGAAUAUGGGACAAUUGGUUUUUAGGCACCUGAAGUUGGUUGUGGCAUCGCACGCAGCGGCAAUGCACCUCUUCUCUCGGCGGUCGGUCGAUCUUUUGCGCGGGCAGCUUCGCACUGCAACUGAAAGUCACAUUGCUGUCAACAAGAAGUGUUGCUGGUGUUGUACUCGACUGGCUGAGAUCCUACUCAAGCGCUAUCAUAUGACGUGCAAUGUUCCUGGCUCGCAUGGGCUGGUUUUUGCUUGGAGCCCUCCAGUUGAUGGAUUAGAACUCCCAGUUCUGCUCGAUUCGGAAGGGUGCCUAUGGGACGAGCUAUUCCGUGCAGUUCAAGCCCAUGACAACUUUGUUCCUACUCAUUCCCGUCAUUCAUCUGCGUCGAGCUCCGUAGUGGACGUCGAAUUCAAACAGACGCAUGAUGUAGUGCUUGAUGAUGUGUAA